AUGUCCGCGUUAUCAGCACAAGGGAUCAAUCUGAUCUGCGCAAGAAUGUGGCAGUCAAAGAAGAGAGAACUCACGUACUUGAACACGAGGCAGCUUUGGGUGGUGGACAAAGAGUUAUUCGCCACAUUUGAGAUCGAGCCCGUUGCGAUGAUCACAAUUCCAGGACUCACUCCUCAUGACCUGGCUCAGAUGCACGUCGCUUCAAACACCCAUGCGAACAUUAUAGCGGCGAUUGGAAAUCGACGCUACGCCAACAAGGAGGUAUCUGUCGAAGCAGGCAGCUUCAAAUACAGAAACCGCAUUGGCAAUCCUAGUGAGAUCAUGCGCGGCUGCGUCGACAUCAUGACCUCCAAGCUGAUCAAGGGUCUUAUGACCAUUGACGAAGCCACAAUCAAGAAGGAUCAGAUCGAGGCAAUAGAUGUGCCACCGGCUGACAUCGCCGUGGAGCUCAACGGAAAAAGUGUGUUUCCCAUUCAUAAAAUGAUUGAGGAGAUAGCACCAAAAUCAUUCAACGAGAACAUGACCCGUGAGAACUUUGACAAAGUCUCCGGGGCAGAGCUCACACGCAGUUUCCAGGCACAAGGCUUCGUAAAACCCAACGACGUUCUCGGAAAGAUUAAGCCAAGGCUGAUACAGCAUUUCACGCCUCAAGGAAGCGCAUCAUCCGCACUGAUGAACAAGACGAUCGAAGAGAUGCUCUUCCGUCUUCCGUACUUCGUCAAGCGAAGCAUUAAAGGGACUGAUAAUACCGGUGUCGCAUCCAGGAUUCAUGGGCAUUACAAGAAGUUCAAGAAGGGUGGUGUUGCCAACAAUGAUUACGGCAACUUCGAUAGCUCUAUCACUGAUAAAUGCACCGGUAACACAGACAUCCCAGGAUUGAGGAAGAUCAUAGAGAAGGGGAUCAUGGACGAAAUUGCAAAACGCUUUCCAGAGGCCACAGACCUCAAGAAUACGCCCAAGUUCAGAUGGAAGAAGGUCGAGAAGGUCGCCUGCCCGCUGGAAAUUCCAUGGACAUUCAAGCUAUAA